GGAAGGGUUCUUUAAAAAGUGCGUACUAAGUAAAGCGGUAUUCGUGCUACUAACGUGAAUGCGAGAGAAAUUUGUUUUCGCCGGGAACACUUUAUUGGCCAAAAGACCUUUCGGUUUAUAAAAUGUGUCCAAGAAAAGAAUUGGAUGAUCCUUCUAGUGAAAGCGACCACGAUUCGCAUGUGUCCGACAGUGAUUCUGAUGUUUCAAUGACUGACAGUUCCAGUAGUAGUUCGGAAAGUGAUUCUGGAACAAAACAGGAAACAGAACAGAUUAUUCCUCAAUGCAGUAAUGCAGAAGACUCGAUUGUUUUGAAUGAAGAAGAGGAGGACGACGAAGUCGUUAAAGCUAUUAUAAGAGAAAGGAAUAAAGUUCGUCAACAUCCUGCAGAUAUUGAGUGCGAAGAUUUUGUUACUGACAUUUGUUUCCAUCCAAGUGAAGAUAUAAUAGUUGCAGCUACCGUAACAGGAGAUGCAUUAGUGUAUAAAUAUAACAACGAUAAUAAUGAACUUUCUGAAACUUUGGAACUGCAUUUAAAGUCUUGCAGAGAUGUAGAAUUUAAUGAUGAUGGCACGUUAUUAUAUUCCACAUCAAAAGACAAAUCAAUCAUGGUAUCUGACAUGGAAACAGGGAAAUUAAAACAAGUUUAUGAAAAUGCUCAUGACGCUCCUGUGUAUAGUCUUCUAGUAGUAAAUCCAAACAUUCUGGCUUCAGGAGAUGAUGAUGGAACUGUCAAAUUGUGGGACAUGAGAAAAAAAGAUGCUAUAUUUUCUUUGAAAGAAAUGGAAGAUUAUGUGAGUUGCAUGAUAACCAAUGAUGCUAAAAAAUUUAUUGUUUGUGCAAGUGGUGAUGGAACAAUUACAUCAUUAAAUAUAGGAAUGCGGAAAUUGCAUAUACAGUCAGAACCAUACAAUACAGAAAUCACUGGGCUAGCAACAGUGAAACAUGACAGGAAACUUGUAGCUGCCACUGCAAAAGGAACAGUGUAUCUCUUCAAUUGGGGUGAAUUUGGAUAUCAUAGUGAUGAAUUCCCCAAUCCCAAAAAAGGAAUAAAUAGUCUUAUUCCUAUUACUGAAAAUAUCAUUUUAACUGCAUGUGAGGAUGGAAUAUUAAGGGCAACUCAUCUUUUCCCUCACAGACACUUGGGGGUAGCAGGACAACAUCAGUUACCUGUUGAAUGUGUUGACAUAUCCCAUGAUGGAGAUUUAAUAGCAUCCUAUGGUCACGAUCAGUUAAUAAAAUUUUGGAGGAUAAGAUAUUUUGAAGAUAUAGAAAUUGAUGGAAAGAAGAAAUCUGUGAAGAAGACCCAAAGUCACAAUUUACCAUCAUCCAAGUACAAAAAUGCUUCAGACUUCUUUGCUGACAUGGCAUAAAUUGUUGAAAAGAAUGUCACAAGUAUUUUAAAUAAGCAGUUACAAAUGCUUUUCAAAUUUUGAAGUACUUAUGGUAUGUUAUGGUAUUAAAAACAAGCUUUGUAUAAACCUUUGGCAUGUAUUUUCUUUUUCACGACAAUAUAAAAUAGGAAUGUAAUAAAUGAAAAUUAUUUUCUUAACUACAUAUUGCUAUGUACAUUUGAUUAACAUGCACAUUAGUGCCAUAUAAAUA